GUCGUUACUCUUCCUUCUUGGUUCACAAGUUCUCCUAGUCAAAUCAAGAUGCCCAGCUCAUGUAAAGAAAUAAGAGCCGCACUGGCGGACUGUCUACAACAAUCCGAUUGUGUGAUGGUACAACGAAAUACAGCAGCUGACUGUCUGCGCUCGCCGCUAUCCGAGACUCUCCCGACGAAAUGCCAACAGCUCAAGAAGGGUUUCGGCGAGUGUAGGAGGGGCAUGAUCGAUAUGCGUAAGCGGUUCCGCGGCAACGAGCCCAUAACAUUUCAAAAGCUUGAGUCCACCGAAAAGUCGGGCGACGGAUAUCAGUUGUACGCCGGAAAAUCGGCUUUUUCUGGCGCCGCAAAGAGAACCGAUGGCAACGAACAGGAGCCUAGAGACUGGCGAGAAGUGGAGAAUGAGAAAUACCGGAAAGAACAAGAAGAGCAAAAGAAAUGACGCGAGUCUACCCUGGCAGCCUGGGUGGGUGGUCAUAUAAAAAGCACUGGGUGGCGUUGGAGUUGGACGGGUGCGGGCGUUGCUCAAUUCUUCAGGCAUGGCUUAUGGUUAACUCUUCUCAAACGUUUCGUACCGGCUUUGUGGUGCGACAGUCUCCCUACCUACCUAGUUUCUAGGUACCUCACACUCAUAGGUAGGUAGGUAGGGAUAUAAAGACAGCUUUGAAACCUUUAGUCUCCGAAUUUCUCCAAAUUUCCAAGUAGAGAGAUCAGUGACCGUACGCUCGAGAGAAAUUGGCUUCAAUACACAUGUAUCAAGCGCCAAUUUGAGCUUCGAGUUAUUCAUCAAUUUCAUUAUACAAAUCAUUAUGCAGGUAUCCAUAUAUCACAGGUCCGUGUUACAUCGGAUAGAGAAC